UUUCACUUCACUCAUUCUUCACUUUCACAGAGAAUUCACAGAGCAUUCCUUGCACCGUAAAAGCGUCUUUCUCGUCAGAAAACAGCUUAUUUUACCCUAAUUUUAAAAUGGACAGUAUUGUGGUUGAUUGUGAGCUCAAAGCUUGUGGAAUAGUGUAGAUUUUUCGUUUUCGAAGUUGAAACCUUUCACUUUCUUUGCUUAUUUCGUCCUUCACUUACAUCGUAUGAUGGAAAUUGAGAGUAUGAUUGUUGAAAAUUUGGAUCCAUUGAGGAAAAGGUGUGGAGGAUUAAGGACAAAACAGGCGGGAAGAGGUUCGUGCCGCGGUAGUUAGUUUUAUUGAAUUUCUGGAAAGUAAGCUGGCAAAGAAUUGGUUUGGUGUUACUGUAAAACGCAUCGUUUGGUUGUUGGAAGUUGAAAACGAUGGGCUACUUGUUGAAAGAAGCUCUCAAGGCUCUUUGUGGCGCUAGUCAGUGGUCUUAUGCCGUUUUCUGGAAAAUCGGUUGUCAAAAUCCUAAGCUAUUAAUCUGGGAAGAAUGUUAUUAUGGAUUAUCUUCCAAUGUGUCCCAGAUUUCAAGUAUGGGAAAUGAUGGGUUGCAAGUGAGUGACAAAGUGCGUAUGCUUAUGGACAGGAUGAUGACGUCUAACCAUGUUAAUGUGGUUGGAGAAGGGUUAGUUGGUCGGUCUGCAUUUACAGGGAACCAUCAAUGGAUUGUCUCAGGAAUUUAUAAUGAAAAUGCUCAUCCAGCUGAGGUUCUUAAUGAGGUUCGGCUUCAAUUUUCUGCUGGCAUGAAUACAAUUGCUGUCAUCCCUGUGAUCCCGCAUGGAGUGGUUCAGCUUGGUUCAGCCUUAACUAUGAUGGACAAUGCUGGAUUUGUGCAUGAUGUCAGGAGUUUUAUUCUUCAAUUGGGAUGUAUUCCCGGUGCUUUUGGCUCUGAAAACUAUUUUGCCACAGAUGCUGCUUCCAUGUUGAGGCUACAAGUUGCUGAUGCCACAGUUAGUCCCAUCAACCGACACGAGAACCCAACAUCAAUUAACUGCAGCGAUAUAGCUGUAGGUAGUUUCAAUCGAGUGAGAAAUUCAUCUACGAGUCACAGGCUUGUCAGUCAAUCUUCCAAUUGUCUUUUGUCUCAGUUUCAAGAUAACCUGCAAGUUAGUGCUUCAACGGUUAUGAUACCUAACCUUACUCGAGAUUCGUGCGAGGCCAAACAAAUAGAGGAUGCAACAAUGAUCUGUCCGGAUGUAAAUUCUAAUGUCCAUACAAAUGGCCUCAUAGUGAACAAACCCAUUCAAGGUGUUGUGUUUCCUUUGGCAUCUGAUUCUGUGACAAAACAAACAAAUUCAAAUAAUAUAAAUAGUCCGGGGUCAGGGAUCACUUGUUCUCAAUCUUCUACUACUUGGCAUCCCUCAUUAUUAAAGAAACUGAUUCUAUCAAAUGAGGGUUUGGUAGAGGGAAAAUACAGCACUUUAACAUCUGGUUUCCGCCCUAAUGAAGAUCUUCACGCUGCUUCAAAUCAUAACACCCUCUUGUCCACAAAAAGUGAACUGGAUGUUGGUAUAAAAGGUGAACAUGGCCAUUUUACUAAAAAAUUGGAUUGUGUCAAUAUGGUAAUAAAGGACACUGAUUCUUCUAUUAAAGAUAUAGUUGGCUUGUCAAAGACAGAAAAAUCAACUAGCACUAGCACAUCAACAAGAGUCCUCAACCAUGGAAUGUACACCGCUGAUACUGGGGUUCCUGUAAAUUAUAUUCAUGGGAAAGAGCAGGAUAAUAUUAAUUUAGGAAGUCAGGUGCCGCCUUCAAAGAAUUUUGUGCCCGAGGAUUCUUUUCUUCAGUCGUCAUCAGGAGAUGACUUAUUUGAUGUACUGGGGACAUAUCUUAAAAAUAAACUGCUAAAUGGUAACACUGGUAAGCUUCCUAGCAGCUUGUGUGCAAGUUCAAAAUACCAGAUCACAGAUUUGCAAAAAUCUGGGAACCAGAAAAUUUUGGGAUCUGAGGCCUGCUCAGACUAUGAAGGAAUUUCAGAAAGUGGUGUUUUCUCUUGUGGUUCUGAUCACCUUCUUGAUGCUGUCAUAUCUGGUGUUUGCUCCGGUACAAGGCAAAUAUCUGAUGAUGACACUUCUAGCAAAACUACUGCGUCAAAGAUUAGUAUUGACUCUGUUCCUGUUACUCCUCACAUAAAUCCUCAGUCAUCUGGUCUCUUUAAUAUGUCUGAUGGAAUGCAGGGCCCGCUAUUUGGGCUUUCUAAGCCUGUAGUGAGAUUGGCUGAACGUAUAAGCACUUCAGUCAGGUCUGCAUGUGGCAAGAAUGACGAUGGAAGCAGUGCAUAUGGAUCGCAGAUUAAUUCCUGGAUUGAACAAGGACCUAGCACUAGUGUUUCUACUGCAAACUCGAAGAAAUCUGAUGGAGGAAAAUCAAACAGAAAAAGACCUAAACCUGGAGAGAAUCCGAGGCCAAGGCCUAAAGAUCGGCAGAUGAUCCAAGAUCGCGUGAAGGAACUUCGCGAGAUUGUGCCAAAUGGUGCCAAGUGUAGUAUAGAUGCUUUGCUGGAACGUACAAUAAAGCAUAUGCUUUUCCUGCAGAGUGUUACUAAGCACGCAGACAAACUAAAACAAUCAGGGGAGUCCAAGUUUGCUAACAAGGAUGGUGGAUUGCUCUUAAAGGAUGAGUUUCAAGGCAGUGCAACCUGGGCCUUUGAGCUCGGAUCCCAAUCUCUGGUUUGUCCGAUAGUGGUGGAAGACUUAACUCCACCUCGUCAGUUGCUUAUAGAGAUGCUCUGUGAAGAACGGGGAGUUUUCUUGGAGAUAGCUGAUAUAAUUAGAGGACUGGGUUUGACCAUCUUAAAGGGUGUAAUGGAAGCUCGGAAUGACAAGAUAUGGGCACGCUUUGCAGUGGAAGCAAAUAGGGAUGUCACAAGGAUGGAAAUCUUUAUUUCACUAGUUCAUUUAUUGGAGCAAACGCUCAAAAGCAGUCCAACUUCAAUUGAUGGCUCAAUUGGCGAAGAUGUAGCAGUGCUUUCUUCCAUGCCUGCUAAUCAGCAACCGGUGGCUCCGGUAGUUUGUGGUGAGCCAUCUAUUCUAUAGUCAUUUCAGGGUGAUAUGUUGAGAGCAAGACGUUACUUGCCAUGACCUACAUAUUCAAUGCCCUGCAUAUCUAAUGUAUCAGUGGGGCGUGUGUCUAAGAGCGUACAUAGGGGGGUUCUAUAAUUUGGGUCGUCUAAGUAAGUAUUCUUUGACCUUUACAUAUAUAUGAGGCCUCUAUAUUGGGUAAUUUUCCUUUGAACAUUGGCUUUCUUAGCAGUUUUCGUUAAUUUAUGUAGUUUGAUUCUAAGUAGGUAUUGAUGAGAGGAGAAAACGGAGAAGUGCUUGAAGGGUAAUUGUAAUUUAUAAGGGUUGCGGUGUUGCAAAUGUAUAGAAUUACACAAGAGGUUGGGUAAAGGAAGGGGGUUUAUUUUUGUUUUUAUAAACUAUGCUUCUUACGUGUUUGGAUGUAUUAUGUAUUUCCGGAUUGGCUAAUGUAUACAUCACUUGUUUAAUGUCUUGACUCUUGAACUCUUGUAUUCUUGUCAAGCACUUCGUAUCAGACGAUGCAACGGCUCCUAACUUGUAUUUUGUAUUUAGUUCUCCAUGAACCGAAAGUCGAAUGAUAAAUCCCAAUUCUGGAGUUGGGAUUCUAUUCCUGACCGAGCUAGCCUACUUGGCUGUAUUGUUUGCAGGUAGAAUUUUGGCAAUUUCAAUCCAAAACAAUGUUUCAUAAUUUCGGUGUAUAAAAAUGUGUGUCAUACUCGUAGAGUUUGGAAGUCUUUUAAAAUUCAGAGAAAUUGAUUCUUUCAUUCAAAACAAUUCAGAGAAAUUGUGAAGUAAUGAUUGAAUCAUAAUUUAUACUUAAGAGUUAUUUUGAUUUUGUUCUAUAGUUGACCUAAGGGGGUGUUUUAGUAAGUAGGAAUUGAAAUUUGAGGGUAAAAGGGUGAAAGUGGGAUUAGAAAUUGAUAGUUGGGAAUUGUAUAUAACUCAAUUUCUUGUUUGGAAUGUUAAUGGGAAUAAUUUGAGAUUUGUAAUAUCUUUUGUUGGUAGGUGGGAAUGAAAUUGAGAAUAAAAUAAAAAAUUGAAAAAAUUAUUUUGAAUAAUCCAACUUAUUUUUCAUUAUAUGCCAAUAAUUUCACUUUUUGAAAUUUUUUUAAUAAUUUAACCUUUGUUUUUAGUUUGUUGCUAAUUGACCCUUUAGAAAAUGACCUGCAAUAUCAGGUUAUCUCUCAUCUUCUUUUCUUUAUAAUAAUUCAAUCUAUUUU